GUCUGCGCAUGCGCGAGGUCACGCUGAGAGAGAGUCUUCUUCUGCUCGUCUUUCUUCUCUAACCUGCGCCUUUCGGGGUCGUGCAGCGAUCACCUUCAGAGAUUCAACAGCGAGGCGAGCUGCUCUGUAUGAUAUACUACGAGGAGGAUCCUCCUAAAACAGCGAGGAGUUAGGGAUGGGUUUCCUGCGGGAUCCGGAUCAGGAGGAAGUUGAUGAAGAUCUGGAGGUUAACUUUAAAGUCAGAAUCAGGAAAGCAGGCUUUAAAAGUUCAUAUUCAGUGAAGCUCCUCCCACAAUAAUCACAUGUUCAGUCCUUCAGAAAUAAAUGCUGGAAUAUUCCUUCGGUUUCUGAGUGAAGACGAGCAUCAGAUCAUCAGGAAGAGUUUCUUACAGACAGAGAGAAGAUGAGAGAUCCAGAACACACUGAAGAGACUGAAGAACAGACAGAGUUGGUUGGAGGUAACGAGGGGAAAGAAGAAUCGAGCGAAGUCGAGAUAGAUUGUUUGAGAAGUGGAGAGAAACCCAAACAGAAAAGACGGGCCACGAAAUCUUUGAGCUGCACUCAGUGUGGAAAGAGUUUCUCAAACAAACACCAUCUGGAGCUUCACAUGAGAGUCCACACUGGAGAGAAACCCUUCAGCAGCGGGAAGACGUUCCCGAGCGCUUUAGACCUGAAGAAUCACCUGACCGUUCACACCAAGGAGAAACCGCAUUCGUGCCAUUUGUGUGGAAACAGGUUUUCACAUCGACAGAGUCUGAAAGAACACGAGAAAAUACACAGCGGCGUGAGAGAUCACGUGUGCUGCGCGUGCGAGAAGACCUUCACCACGGCGCAGUGUUUAAAACGACACGAGAGGAUCCACACCGGAGAGAAACCCUACGAGUGUUCACACUGCCACAAGAGAUUCAGAGACUCAUCCAGCCUGAAGACACACGAGAUGAUCCACACCGGAGAGAGACCGCACGCCUGCGACCAGUGCCAGAAGAGCUUCACACUGAAGGCGAGGCUCACGGACCACAUGAGAGUCCACACCGGAGAGAAGCCCUUCACCUGUGGACAGUGCUGGAAGAGUUUCUCGCUGUCCGGACACUUCAAGAAACACAUGAACAUCCACACCAGAGAGAAGCUCUACACCUGCGCUCGCUGCGGGAAGACGUUCCUGAGAGCUUCGUACCUGAAGCAGCACCAGACCGUUCACACCAAGGAGAAACCGCAUUCCUGUGAGCUGUGCGGAAAGAGCUUUUCUCGUUUGGAGAAUUUGAAAGUGCAUCAGAAAACACACGCUGCGGUCAAAGAGUACGUGUGCUUCGAGUGCGAGAAGACCUUCACUACAGCGAGCCAUUUGAAGCAGCACCAGAAGAUCCACUCCGGAGAGAGACCUUACCAGUGUUCGCUCUGUGACAAGACAUUCAGUCGGAGAGGAACCCUGAAAAUACACCAGAGGACUCACUCCGGAGAGAGACCGUACGGCUGUGCUGCGUGCGGGAAGCGCUUCAAUCACUCGUCUGCUCUUCACAAACACACUAAACACUGUCGUCUUCAGGUCCAGCUCUUUCAGGUUUGAUGUGAGACAUCCCCGGAUGAGUGAAUAAGUAAAGUCCUUUUACUUUGUUACUGUACUUAAGUGCAUUUCUGUUUCCUCCUUGUUUAACUGAAGAAGGUUUAGCCACAACCAGCUGUUGAUUUGACCUGCUUAGCUCUGAUAGGUGACUGAUUAGUUAUUAUCUGAGUCAGUGGGAGCAUGUAGGGUUUAAACAGGAGCGGUGCGAGAACAGAGCCUUGUGGGACGCCGCCUCUUAGACUCAUGAUCUCUUAUACUCACACAAUAACCUCUCUCUCUUCUAGAUUGUGCUUUAACUUAACUUAACCUGCAGUUUUCAGGGAGUGUGGUGGUCCCAGGAAGAAGUGCUGUGUUCUCCUCUAAACAGACCUCUGAAGGUGUGACGGUCGAAGGCUGAAUGGUUGAGUUUUUCUGACUUCUUCACGACCGGAGGAUUUAUUCAUUGCCUUUCUGAUAUCACUGAUCUUCUCAGGAAGAAGGAAGCAAACCUAACUUCCUUCCCUGGGAAUCGGACUCUUCUGUGUCUGAAUGUGAAAAGCAGGUAUCAAGCGUUCUGACAUCCAGCGACAGAGUCCUGAAGAAACCAUGGAGGAGUAUGUGGCUGAGAGCACAGAGAGACGACGCGGAGGAAACUGAAAAGAGAAUAUUCUUCUGUCCGUGUGUUUCCUGGUGUCUCGGCACCGUCUGUGGUUUUCUCUUAGAUCUCUGAUCUCUUCUGACUCCAUAUUCGUGAAGUGGACUCUAUCCUCAUCUCUCUGCCUGCUGGAGUUGUCUGACUCAAUAAAAACGUCUGAUUUAUUAAACACA